CUUUUCCUUAAAUACCGCUAUUUCGUUAAGGUAUACAUUGACAAUAUUAUUAUCUUUAGGAAAACAAAGGAGGAAUACCUAGAAUACCUAUACACCGUUUACGAAAUCCUUAACAAGGCUUAUAUUCAUAUUAACGCUACUAAAUCUCUUAUAGGAUACCUGGCUAUAAGACUCCUUAGGUAUAUUAUAAAUAGCAAAAACAUUGCUAAAACCGACGACUAUAUUACUACCUUUAAGAAGCUAAAGUUCCUAGACACUCUCGAUAGCUUAGAGCAUUACCUUAGGAUAGCUAGAUAG